ACUGUGUUUUUGGAUGACACAUUUAUUUAUUAUUUAUUUUGGUUUCUAACCUGAAACAAUACUUUUAGAAUGCCGGCUUCUGAUUUUUAUCAUGAUUAUGUAUCUCCACUGAUAUUGCAACUAAGUGCAAUCCUAUGCAUGUUUGCUUUCAAGUAGUUCAUUCAUUUUAAUGGAACUUAACUCCCAAGUAAAUGUGUAAAGGAUUGUAUCUUCAGUGUUUUUAGACCCUUGAAUAUAUGGUAGUGUAAUUACAUGUCGUUGUAAUUACAUGCUUUAUAAGGGCACAGUUUUGUUCUUAGGUUUAUCAUAACACCACUACUUAAAAGUUACUUGACUAAAGAUUUGGCGCCCUUAAUGAAUAGCUACUGUGUAGAUAAAACUGGAUAUUCUAAUGAGGAAAGCUGAUGUAUCUAGAAUUGUAAUGCUAAGACUGAAAUGAAUUGCACUCAGAAUUUUGUUUGUUUGUUAAAAAUGUACAUAUAGAUGCUGUCAUUUCAGUUUUCAGAAGAGAGUGCUGUCUUUAACUACAGAAGAACAAGGAUUUCUUUGGGUUAUUCUGGAGUGAAAUUUGUUACCCAACAAGAGAAGUAACCCUUUUAAAAGAUAGGCAGUUAUAGUAGAAUUCUGAAACAAACGACUGGAUUAGCUUCAUUGGCUUUCCUGCUUCUUUUGCAUCCCAAAGCAUAAACUUAAAUCGUCUCAGAAGGACAAGGUCCGCCAGUUUAUGGCAGUUACCCAGGCUGGUGAAAGGACUGCUAUAUACUGUUUAAUGCAGAAUGAGUGGAAACUAGAAGUGGCAACAGACAACUACUUCCAGAACCCAGACUUGUACUACAAAGAAUCCAUGAAAAUUUCAAUAGACAGAAAGAAAUUAGAACAAUUGUAUAACAGGUACAAAGAUCCGCAAGAUGAGAAUAAAAUUGGCAUUGAUGGGAUUCAACAGUUUUGUGAUGAUUUAAGCUUGGACCCUGCUAGUAUCAGUGUUUUGGUCAUAGCAUGGAAAUUUAGGGCAGCCACGCAGUGUGAAUUCAGCAAAAAAGAAUUUGUAGAUGGCAUGACAGAACUGGGGUGUGAUACUACGGACAAGCUAAAAACACUUUUGCCAAGGCUGGAACAAGAAUUAAAGGAUCCAAUGAAGUUUAAAGAUUUUUAUCAGUUUACCUUUAACUUUGCUAAGAACCCUGGACAAAAAGGUUUAGGUGAGUUAUGUUGUGUGGUUUUUUUAAGUUGAAGAUAAAAAUCAAUU